ACUGGGAUCCGGAAGUCGGAGUCUAGCGGCGUGAGCGCACCUCCUCCUCUUCAGUCAGCGUCGGUGAGCUAUCCUGUCCUCUCAGAUCCACGCCGGAAGUGUAGGAAGAAAGUAGCAUAUUUGAGUAUACCUGUUUUCAAGCUGAUCUGAUCAUCAUGGUGAAGCUCAGACACAAAAAUAAAAAGCCAGGUAAAGGGUCCAAAGUCUGUAAGAAGCCUGCAAAGCAAAAUGGGAAGAAAGCAACCUCCAGAGGGUCCUCAGCCUUCCAGAUUGUUCAUGGCAAUGAUCACACCAGUCGGGAGGCUGAGUUAAAGAAGAAGAGGGUUGAGGAGAUGAGGGAGAAGCAGCAAGCAGCCCGGGAGCAAGAGAGACAGAGACACAGAACCAUGGAGAGCUACUGUCAGGAUGUCCUGAAACGCCAGGAGGAGUUUGAACGCAAGGAGGAAGUUUUGCAGGAAUUAAAUAUGUUUCCUCAGCUGGAUGAUGAAGCAACACGAAAGGCUUAUUACAAGGAAUUCCGUAAGGUGGUAGAAUACUCUGAUGUGAUUCUGGAAGUCCUGGAUGCCAGAGACCCAUUAGGCUGCCGGUGUUUCCAAAUGGAGGAGACUGUCCUGCGGGCAGAAGGCAACAAGAAGCUUGUCUUGGUCUUGAACAAAAUUGAUCUGGUUCCCAAGGAAGUUGUGGAGAAGUGGCUGGAUUACCUUCGCAAUGAGCUGCCAACUGUAGCUUUCAAGGCUAGCACCCAGCAUCAGGUCAAAAAUCUGAACCAGUGCAGUGUGCCAGUGGCUCAGGCCUCUGAGUCACUGCUGAAGAGCAAAGCCUGCUUUGGAGCUGAAAACCUCAUGAGGGUUCUGGGGAACUAUUGUCGCCUGGGUGAAGUGCGCACCCACAUCCGUGUGGGUGUUGUGGGCCUUCCCAAUGUUGGCAAAAGCAGUCUGAUCAAUAGUCUGAAGCGCAGCCGUGCAUGCAGUGUGGGAGCUGUUCCUGGGAUCACCAAAUUUAUGCAGGAGGUUCACCUGGACAAGUUCAUCAGACUGCUGGAUGCUCCAGGCAUCGUCCCAGGACCCAACUCAGAGGUGGGCACCAUCCUGCGCAAUUGCAUCCAGGUGCAGAAGCUGGCCGACCCUGUGACUCCAGUGGAAACCAUCCUGCAGCGCUGCAACCUGGAGGAGAUCUCCAACCAUUAUGGAGUCUCAGGAUUCCAAACCACUGAGCACUUUCUGACUGCUGUGGCCCACCGUUUGGGGAAGAAGAAGAAGGGAGGCAUAUACAGUCAGGAACAGGCAGCUAAAGCUGUCCUUGCUGACUGGGUGAGUGGGAAGAUCAGUUUCUAUAUACCACCACCACCCACUCACACUCUGCCUGCCCAUCUCAGUGCUGAGAUUGUUAAGGAGAUGACUGAAGUCUUUGACAUUGAGGAUACUGAACAUGCCAAUGAAGACACCAUGGAAUGUUUGGCCACUGGAGAAUCCGAUGAGCUGUUGGGUGAUAUAGACCCACUUGAAAUGGAUGUCAAGUGGCUUCAUUCUCCAAUGGUGAAAAUAGCAGAUGCUAUUGAAAAUAAAACCACUGUUUAUAAGAUUGGUGACCUCACUGGCUAUUGUACCAAUCCAAACCGUCAUCAGAUAGGAUGGGCUAAACGUAAUGUGGACCAGUAUGGCACCAGGAACAAUGGUGUGAUACACGUACGCUCAGUGGACCGCCGCCCAAUGCUACAGAGAAUCAUGGAGACAGACCCUCUGCAACAGGGCCAGGCUCUGGCAUCUGCCCUGAAGAAUAAGAAGAAAAUGCAGAAGCGUACAGAUAAAAUCGCCAGCAAGCUGUCUGAUUCUAUGAUGACAGCCCUCGACCUUUCUGGGAAUGGUGAUGACAGUGCUGGAGAUUGAUCUGAUGAUGUUCCUCCCCUCCUCUCCAAACUUGGAUUCCUGUGGGAUGGGAGAUAAUUGGUUCUCCUAGAAGUACCUGUAUAUUGAAAGAAUACCUUUAUACCCUUUAUCUCCUCCCCGCAUGGUUCCCUCCUUUCUCUCUGGUAAAAAGAGUCCCAAGGGACUAGAGCUGCCAAAUCCAAUACCCUGUAUUUAAUCCCUACUCUUUUCCAAGAGGCAUUAAAUAUCAACAGAAACUAGGUGCCAACAAUAUAUUUCCCAUCUCCUAUCCCAGGGUCUCAACUCUGUAGUUUGAACUGAUAUGAGGGCUUACUUCCCACCAAACGGUGUUGGACAGCUGAAUAUACAAGUAACUAGAGGUUAGACUGCUGGUUGUCCUGGACAUCCCCAGAAGAAGGGUGAUUUUUUUUUUUUUUUACCAUUCCACAAGGGAUUUGAACAGGAAGUAAUUCCUUGAGUUGGCUCUCAGCCAUUUAUCUUGUUCCUAAGUCUACAGGUCUCACCUGGGUGAUAAGUGGGGAUUAGGUGCAUCAGUGAUGAAUCUUCUGUCUCUGGAAGGGUCUGGAGAGUGGUGAAGUGUUAUAGACCUUACUUUGUUGUUGUUGUUGUUGACAAGAAAAAGGCACCUAUUGGUGGGACACUGGAUGCCUUAAGAACAAGUCCAAUCUUGUCACUUGUGUACUUUUGGAGGAAUCACUUUAAUUCAAGUGAUUCACUUGGCCACACUUUUGUGUGACCUUGUCUCAUGCAGUGCCAUCUUUUGAAUGCCAUGAUUCAAGAGGGUUCUGGUAACCUUUAUUCAGAGUGGUCCUCAAGAAAGCUGCUACAGGUGGGAAUGUAUGAGCCAACUCUACCCCGUGCCUGGAAGCCACUCCAUUACAGCAUAAUUAACACCUUUGGGGCAUCCUUAACCCUAUCAGGAAAGCACCUGGGACCCUGGGUUAGCUUUUUAUCACUACAGCAAAAUUCCUGAUUGCCUACAGUGUUUUGGCCCUGUAGUAAGGUUUCAUGUUGCAAUAGGUACUUGUGGUAAAGCAAAACAUCUCAUGGUCAAGAAGCAAAAAAGGAAGAGGAGUUUGGGAGGGUGUCCCACAAUCCCUUUGGAGAGGGUCUUCCAUCAAGCCCCACCUGAUGGGAGUUUCCUUUCCCUUCCAAUGGCGCCACCCUGUGACCAACCUUUAACACGCAGGCUUUUGAGUAAUAGGUGGGAUCCACCCAAACAAGGCCACAGAGAUGAUUUCAGUGGUAUUCCAAAAAAAACCUGUUUCUAAUGGAGUUUUGGUUCAUGUAUACAGCUUCAGUUCCUGAAGUUCUACUUGAGCUGACACUUUGGAAGGAGGUGAAUAUUAUAUUACUUGUAUUAUUUGCCACCUUCUCCCAAAUACCACAGGGAAAUUGGAGUAGUGGAUAAACCAGCCUUUGCCCUUGUCAGUCUCAAAGUCCCUACCCCCCUCAUUUACAUAGGAAGAUACUAAAAGGGAGAUUGUAAUAAGUACUGAAAAGCCAUUGGCUGUAGGGUAUCCUGAGACCCCUUCUACAUUCAGAGGUAUCCACAGGAGAUGAUUAUUGAUUGAGCACAAACCACUGAGCUCUGAGAAUCUAUUAUUUCCUUUAUUGUUUGGUGUCACUAUUGGGGCUUGAACACUGGGUCUGGGUGUUGUUCUUGAGCUUUUUUUUUUUUUUUGCUUAA